AUGGCCGCCACGUACCCGGAGAAGGUGCCGUCUAUCGUUUUGGCAUGCAUCAACACUGGCAUCAAUACCAACGCCACAAUCGCCGCUACUGCCACGAUUGCCAGCAACUACAGCAAUACUGUCGAGGAUAGACUUGCGGCACUGGAGCUGGGUUACUUUGCCCCCGGCCACGACGCCUCAGCCUGGUUGACAAGUUGGUUCCUCGACGCCGUCGGCUCUGUCUCAGGUACUGGCGUGAGCGGUCUUGGAGGAAACAACACACAGAUCCUGGAUGUCAUUGCAACCUUGGAUCCAUGGAGGAAAGAGGAUCAAUGGAACUACACCACUGGCUUGGUGGGUACCCGUUCCACUGUGGUGUUUGUGGAGGAUGCAUCCCACGCAUUGUUCCCCGAGAACCUGCAGGGAGUUCUUGAUGUCCUACUGCCGUGGUUGGAAACUCAAACUUCUGGGUGGUUGUAG